AUGAACCCCCAGAAGAAAAGUAUCCGAGACUUCUUCUCUCCCAUCCCAACAAACUCCCCGAGUGUUGCUAGUUCGUAUACCACUCUGCCCCAGAGACAUGCAAGCAAUGCGCCUGCCCGUCAGUCCAACUCUCCGGGCUCCUCUGCAGGGCCACAGGAUACAAAUUCACAUGCCCUCCAUACCCCGCUUUCCUCGUCACACCCUUCCGUGUCGACAACCGCGCCUUCCACAAUAAGAGCUGCAAGUGCCGAUGCGCCGCCCUUCAACCCCUCUCAGACAUCCGCAAACUCGGGCACAAGCAGGCGCAUCGAAUCCAAUGGGCAGCAGGUAGUGCUCAAUUCCGACUCCGACGAUGAUUCGCUCCCAGACCUAGACUUCGGUAUCUCCACUGCCAAAGUCAAGACCAUCACUACCAUGACAACUACUCGUUCAAAGCGCACAUCCGAAGAUCAAGUAGAUGGGUUACGCAAACCUACCAAGAAGGCGAGAGACGACAAGAUCAACUUCAACACACUCGUACGAACAGCCCAGAAGAACUUGGAAACAGAGCGACAAAUUCAGGAACACAAGGCUGCUCUAGAGAGGUCUCUUGAGGAACCCGUGAAUACAACUAUUACGAUCAACGAAGAGACACUUGGCCAAGUCGUGGAUGAUGGUGAUGAUGAUGAUCCGGCGAAGGCGCACCGCCUCUUUCAGGCUAUGCAAAGAACGAACGCUACGCAGCUGGAAAGCACUUUCCAUUUCUUCCACGACAACUCGGACUCGAUACAGGUGCGGCCCAGAUUCCCCAUCAGCAGUCUGCCCAACCAUCGGUGGGUAUCGAACUUCGAAGACUCUCAUGCUCGAGAUCAAGCUUUUAUAACCGGCUUCGCACAACAGAUAUUUCGUUUCCAAGAGCUACCUCGAGAAAUGGCUUCUUGGAUGAUUGACCAAAUUUCCUCAAGUCGGAAUGAGGCGCUUAGUUGGAGAUAUAUCGAAAUCUUAGAGUCUGAGAAACAUAACGAGCAUCUCCGCGCGUUACUCGACUGCAAGAGACUAGAAGCAUUGUUCAGGGCGAUAGGCGCCGAUAUGACACAACUUGAGGCGCAGUCCAGACUUAUUCCGGUCUCUGUGGCACGAUCCGAAACCAGAGUCUCGCUUCCUCCGCCAUUGAUCUCUAUCGCCAGGCUACUUGAGCGAGUAGCCCCAUGCUUGCGUUCAAAAGCUCGAAGUCGUGCGCUGUACCUACUCUGCCACGUGUGCCUGGAUGACCGAGUUAUUGCAGACGCUGUAAUACUACACACCAUACAGGGCGCUAUGGAAGCUAUUGUAUGCAGCUUUGCUGACAAUCAUAAGCUGACCUCCGCUCUCAGCGAUGUUGUCCCUCAACUCCUUGGAAAAGUGACAGAUCCUUUGCUCCAAAAAAAUUUGAUUCGUUCUUUUCCAACGACGUCGCCAUUGACGGCAUAUUUGCAACGUCAUCUGGCCCUCGCGUUUCUGGUUUACCCAGCUCCAGUCGACGUACCACUUGUGGACCCUAAAGUGUCUGAUAACAUCCACAAACAUAUCAAAAACUCACCAAGUUUCCGAAUAAACAAGGACACCGACUACGAUCACCUCGCUGCACGUUUGGCCCUUCUUGACAUCGCUGUUGGACCUGGUUUAUUGGACGUCCCAUACCAGCCCCUAUCAAGUCUAGCAACUUCAGAAGCGGGCUCAUCUCCUGUCAGAGCUCCAGUAUCUGCGUCAUCUGAGGUGAAAGACUUCAACAACCAGGUGGAUGCACUUGCUCGACAGUUCCAGCUACUGGGUAACUCUAUUGUUGAAGCUGGCGCUGCGGUAGAUCUGACCAUUAUGGACGCGAAGGAUUCUAUAGAGAGACUACGCGCACGACUUGAGCACGCCGUGCGGAUAGGCGGAAGGAAGGCGCACAACGUGUUUGGAGACGAUGAUGAAGAAAAUACACAGCACAAAAUUAAUAAGUUCUUCAAGAAAGGGUCGAAGAGCUCUUUGCCAGCACCAUUACGCGGCAUAUUCGAUGUAGAGGACGACGUGUAG